AAAUUAUCCAAUGAGCUUUCGCCCUUUGGUGGCGUGAUCUUUGAUUGGCUACGGUCUACGUCAUCGAAGCUUCAACUCGACUGACGCUGCAAGCCCGCGGUUUACAAAAACACAGCUUUGACCAAGUGAGAAAAUCGCUUUUAAAUCCCGUCCUCUUCAGGAAUGACGCCUUAAAAUGGUGUCCGAAUUGUGUUAGCGACACGGUAACGUCAGGUGUGAAUGAAGUCUUUCAACGUUGCAGCGGGAAACCCUGUUGCAUCGUCACCAAACACUGCACGGCAGCGUUUUGUUUGUGAUAGCGUUAGCACUUGGCUAGCUAGCAAGUGGCUAAGGGAGGUAACGUUACCUUGUCAACUGGCGUCAACUUAAACGACUGUGUCCAUUAUCUGUCCGGAUAGCUUGGAAACUCACGUUACUUCUCUGCGAUUUGUGUCCUGGCUGAAUAACAAACAGCAAUGUUGCUGUCGACUGGGACUAGUCCUGGAGUGAGCCAGAGUAUCCGAUGUAAAGGAGAGACUAUAUGUGUGGUGCCCGAUCUCAGCUGUGAUCUCCUAGAAGAUGACUUUGACCUUAAUAAGUCCUACCCAAACACCCAGAGGCCGUUGUACAAGAGGAACCUUUUGUCACUGCAGCGUCGUUACUGUCUUGGUUCCUUGUCAAGUGAACAUUUAGACAUUUUCAGUUCUGCCGCAACAAGAAACCACCAAAUCUCCAGCUUGCAUCCUGCCUCUCAAGUUUCUUCUGUCUGCCUGCCACACUUAUCCACGCUGUCGGAGACAACAAGAAGCCUGUACUGUCAGCUAAUGUCUGGAACAUUUGCCCUGAAAGGAUCUCCAUCUGUCCCAAACCCUAACAAAGCCAUUCUCACCAUCAACCAUGAAACUAGAGAGAUAUUGUCAGUGAAUGAACAAGCUUGCAAGCUAUUUGAGUAUACCUCUUAUGAGCUGGUUGGAAAGAAACUGGAUUUUUUCUUAAAGAAAACCAGUCAAGUCUUGGAGCAAGCAUUGGAAGAAGAUUUUCUGCUAGAAGACGGAACUGUUGCAGCUGUGUCUGGAAAAGUGGUGGAUAUUGCAACAUUAUCUGGAGAGGUGCCAGUUUCGGUGUGUACCCACAAACCACAAAAUGAAGACCACAGGCUUGUCAUUAUGGAAAAAGUAGAACGCUUGUCAGCCUUUCUCUCCUUUUCACAGAAUGGCAGCAUCCUAACCUGUGACCUGGCAUUUGCCCAUCUCCAUGGAUACCACCAUUCUGAUGAGUUAAAGGGGGUUUCUGUUAAGAAGCUAAUCCCAUAUUUACAAAUCCCUCUCCACACUAGUCAUGCUUUGCCCAAAGUGCUGAGGGUUCAGAGACAGUGUGUUAAAAUCAGGAGUGGUGCACUUGUCCCACUGUGUAUCAAACUCCAGGGGGCAGUUGAAUGUGGAAAACCCCAACACCAAAACAAUGAUACUGGUUGCACCUGCCCAACAGAUUGUCAUGAAAGCUCAGUUUCACAGGAUCAACAGCCUUGCUCCCCUCUCACAUCCCCUGUAUGCAAGAUAGAAAUAAUCUGUGAGCAGCAUCAUGGAAAAGAGCAGUCCUCUGUGGAUAGAGGUGCCAUCUCUAUGAACUCUACUGUGGAAUACUCUGGAACAGUUUGGGUGUUUGCUCCUCUGAGUGGCCUUCUCCUGCUCCGCCCUGAUGGCUCCAUCUCCAGCAUCCACAACCACAUGGCUCUCAAUCUGUUUGGUUACAGUAAGGACGAGUUGUUAGGAAAGUGUGUCACUUUCCUGAUGCCUGGUUUCUAUGACUUGAACAGAAAGACUUGUCCAUUUGCUGAUGCUCAAGUCGAGGCUGCUAAAAGUAUAACUUCAUCCAAAAUGACAGGGAAAUCUGACCUAGACCCAUCCUCGCUUGUCGCUGGAGAUAUGGCCACGGUGCAUCAGGCUGUUAUGAAUAGAACUUCUACAGGGAGAGGCAGGAUCUUCACUGGCACCAGCACCAGGCUGGAAAAGCAGGGCACCGCUUUAUCGACUCUUUCCCCUCCUGCAGUCACCUCUACACGUGUAGUUAUGGCUGAUGACACCGCUGAGCUGAUGGAGGAGGCAGCCCAGGUUGCUCCUUUCUGUAGCCAACUAGACAGUGCAGAUACCACUCAGUCACUUCUCAAGACAUUUGCAUGGGUGGAACCUCCAGGAGAUGACACCUGCUGCCCUGUUGUCUACGAACCACCACCUCAACUUAACCUCAAAAAGCAGGCCCAGAAAAAGAAUAAACCUGCAAUUGAAAUUAACCCAGACACUCCCAACGAGAGAGGACAUGUGAGUGGCAUAUCCUCUGCCAAAGGUAAAUGCCACCAGUCAUGUGCCUCUGUCUCCCAAGAUUCCAGCUUCGAAGUCAUUUCACUGGAGAGCAGGUCUUCCUCUGGCUUUUGUGAAAAGUUUGCUGGUCAUGGUGGAUCUGACCCGGGUCAUGCAGAGGACUCUUGUCCAGCUGAAGACUCAGCCAGCUGCUUCCUGGACAUCAACAGCAAUGGUGACCUUGUGACCCGGGCCUUGGCUGACCUAGAUCUAAGUGGUAGCAUAGAGCUGCUCAGUGGCAGAGUUCACAACGAUGACGACCAACACUCUAUGACAUCAUGUGACACAACCGAGCUCCUGCGGACACCCUCGCCAUGCGAGGUUAGGUCUGACCAGUUUGCUGAGCCUGUUGAGACCAAAGAUGCUGCUGUGGAAGCCAGAAAUGGUUCAAAUGAAGAACAAAAAGGGGACACAGACGAGCAGGAUCAGUGGGCUGCUCUCUCUUCAAUUCAUAAAGGAAAGAGCCAGGAGUUCUGUGUGCAAAUGAAUGGCAGGAUUCAGACAGUGAGUGACACUCCUGCUACGUCGACACCCAAAAAGCAGAAGGUAAAUGGACACAUUCUGUGCUCAGACGCGACAGAGAUACUCGAGGGCAGAUUUGAAGCAAACGCCUACCACAGAGAUGGCACAAGAGUAGAUUUGCAGUUAGAUGUGUGUAGGACUAAUCUCCCUGAUGGAAGCUCUUUGUUUUGUGUAUGGAUGAGUAGACCUGGCCAGCAAGGAACAAUUUUACAAACAAGUAGUUUGCUGCAUAACCAAUCAGGAGCCAGUCUCGGAGAGAGGAUUGCUGAGGCCAGUCAUGGGGAGGCAUUACGCUCCACCAUGGACUUGGAGCAGUCUCGAGCCUGUGAUGGACAGUUUGAAGAAGAGUACCAGCCUCUCAAAGCUGUGGGUAAAGGAGCCUUUGGUUUUGUAUGGAAGGCAGUACGGCGCUGUGAUGGACAAGAAGUGGUAGUGAAGUUCAUCAGUAAGUCCAGGAUAGUGAGUGACUGCUGGGUAGAUGACCCCAUGCUGGGAAGAGUGAGCCAAGAAAUUGCCAUACUCACACGAGUGCAGCACCAUAACAUCGUCAAGGUUCUGGAGGUGUUUGAGAAUGGAAGUUACUUCCAAAUGGUGAUGGAAAAACAUGGAGAUGGUUUGGACCUUUUUGAGUUUAUAGACCUGCAGCCGAGGCUGGAUGAGCCCCUGGCCAGCUACAUCUUCAGACAGCUGGUGGCUGCUGUCUUCUAUCUAAGGACUAAGAACAUCCUUCACAGGGACAUAAAAGAUGAAAACAUUAUCAUUGACAAGUGUUUUCACAUUCGACUGAUAGACUUUGGCUCCGCUGCCAUGAUGGCUCCUGGGAAGCUGUUUUACAAUUUCUGUGGCACACUUGAGUACUGUUCCCCUGAGGUGCUUCAGGGAAAUCCCUAUGAGGGGCCAGAGCUGGAGAUGUGGUCUCUGGGAGUUUUGCUCUACACUCUGUUAUUUAGUGAGAACCCUUUCUGUGAUGUGGGUGAGAUCCUGGCAGCCAAACUCAGGCCACCAUUCCCCCUCUCCCCAGAUCUCAGUGGUAUGUUGAGUGGACUGCUACACCCUGAGCCCUCGCAGAGGACUACACUGGAUCAGCUGCUGCUCCGGCCUUGGAUCAGCCAACCCAUUUCCCUGGCAGAGUACAACUGGACAGAGGUGGUUCCUGCAAAUCAGAGUUUUUGCUCGCCACAGUACCAGCAGCCAAGCCCAGAUGUGUUCAAGAAACAAGUCUUAUACCCUGAUCAAGGUGACGACACUCUGUCUGAAGAUGAGGAGGAAGAUGAAGAUGAGAGGUUGUCAAUGGUGGCCCUGGAGAAUGAGCUUCAAAAGUACCUCCAUGACGACUAAUGUCUGGAUUUUAAGGGAGUGAAGUACAGCCAUCUGUCCAACAUCUGCAGCAGUGCAAAGACAUGGAAGUAUACAUCAGAAAGACAGUAAACAAACAUUAAUUUCUCUAGAUUAAUUUCUCUGGAAACUAUUGUGCCUUUAUUAAGUAUACACAGUUUGUGUGUAAUAAGCGUUACUCCUCAAACUGUUUAGUUGUUAAAAGGUACAUGUGGAGAUAUUUGCAAAAGGAUUGCACAAGCAUUAUCAAGAAUGUAAUGGCACUGUUUUUUAAGUAGAAACCAUUUUAUUUAUUUUAUUUUGAAUUUUGAAAUGAUCUAAAUCAGUGUAAUGAUUCAGCAUCACCACCUAAGUCUAUGUGACCACAGCCUUGUUAUCAUGAAGAAACAACAAAAAAAUAUCUGAGUGAAGUUGGGGGGGUGCUUUUUUAA